UGGCACCGUACUCAGGCUACAUUGGUGGCACUUUGCUGGUGGUGAUUUUAACCAAUAGCCUUCCAAUCACAAACACACAUCCCUGACCAUUAGGCCACCACUGGCAUUGAUCAACAGGAAAAGCCUCAUUUAACAGAAUUUUUCUGUAUGUGUUUCUUUCAUGUUCACAGAGGCCUCAGCAGGAAUCAUCUGCUCUCUAUCUGCAGCAAAAAAUGGAGGGAGCUGCUUCGGAACUGACCCCCCCUAUGGAGUGUAAAACAAAGGGGACUGAGAGUGUCCUGAUGGAGAGAGCAGACUCCCCUGUACCCAGCUGUGUCUCCAUGAAGAGUGACGCGUCAAUGGUAAAGGCACUCAACUUCAGAGAGGGACCUUUUCCUACAGAUCAAAGAGACCAAAUGGAAGAUUGCAGUUCAGAUCUACAUGAUAAAUCGGGUUUAUCAUCCAUAUUGAAGUCACUAGAGGAAAAUGCUGUAAGGUUCCUGAAAGAUGAGCUGAAGAAGAUCACGAGGUACCUAGAUCAGAAUUACCCAGAAUGCUCUGAGCCUCAGCUGGAGGAGGACAAUGACCUGGACAGUGAUGGUCAGAUACAGAAGACCUGUGGUAUAGAGGGAGCUCUGAAGAUCACACUGUACAUCCUGAAGACAAUGGAGCAAAAUGAUCUCGCUGACAUGCUGGAGAAGAGGCAUCUUCUGUCACAGUGUCAGCGCAGAAUCAAACGUACCCGACUGAAGAAAUGUGAGUGUGUAUUUGAAGGGAAAGCUAAGGAAGGACAGCCAACACUUCUCAGUGAGAUUUACACAGAACUCUACAUAACUGAAGGUGGGACUGGAGGAGUUAAUGAUGAACAUGAAGUGAGACAGAUUGAAACAGCAUCCAAGAAAAGGCGAACAGAAGAUACUACAGUCAAGUGCAAUGAUAUAUUUAAACCCUUAUGUGGGCAUGUGACUCCUAUCAGAACUGUACUCACUAAAGGGGUGGCAGGUAUCGGGAAAACAGUCUCUGCAUAAAUUUGUUCUCGACUGGGCAGAAGGAAAAGCAAACCAGGAUGUUCACUUCAUAUUUGCUCUUCCUUUCCGGGACCUGAAUUUGAUUAAGGGUGAAUACAGUCUGACUGAACUGCUUCACCACUUUGUCCCAGAUCUGAAAUCAGUUGAAUCUGCUGAGCUUUUUAGGUACAAAAUCUUAUUCAUCUUUGAUGGCCUGGAUGAGUGUCGCCUUCCUCUGGAUUUUGAGAAGAUUGAUAGCUGGUUUGAUGUAACAGAGAAAACGUCACUAGAUGUGCUGUUGACUAACCUCAUUAAGGGGAAUCUGCUCCCAUCCGCUCUCCUCUGGAUAACCUCCCGGCCAGCAGCAGCCAAUCAGAUACCUCCUGAGUGUGUCCACCGGGUGACAGAGAUACAAGGGUUCAGUGAUGCCCAGAAGGAGGAGUAUUUCAAGAAGAGAUUUGAUGAUCAGAGCCUGGCCAGCAGGAUUAUCACACAUGUGAAAUCAUCAAGGAGCCUCUUCAUCAUGUGCCACAUACCUGUGUUCUGCUGGAUUUCAGCCACUGUCCUUGAGAGGCUUUUUAGUGAGACUGACAGUGGAGAAAUUCCAAGGACUCUGACUGAAAUGUACACACACUUCCUGAUCUUUCAGACAAGUUUAAAAAAUGACAAGUAUAGGCUACCGACCUCCGCAAACCUGAGUUGGACAAGGUGGUUUAGGAAAUUGGUGGUGAGAUGGAUGAAAAACCAUGAAAGUGAGUUUAAUAAAUCUGGAAAAGAAUUCCUUUUAAAACUUGGUAAACUGGCUUUUGAUAGCCUUGAGAAAAGCAAUCUAAUUUUUUAUGAGCAAGAUCUGUCAGAGAAUGGCAUUGAUGUCACUGAAACUUCAGUUUACUCUGGAGUGUGCACAAAAGUCUUUAAAGAGGAGUAUGGGUUGUACCAGGAGAAGGUGUACUGCUUUGUGCAUCUGACCAUUCAGGAGUAUCUCGCUGCUUUAUAUGUGUUCCUGUCAAACUCAUCAGCUGACCUGCUGAAGGCUGCAGUGAAUCAGGCAUUAGAGAGCAAGAAUGGACACUUGGACCUCUACCUCCGCUUCCUCCUGGGCCUCUCAACAGACUCCAGUAAGACUCUGUUACAAAGGCUAUUGGGGCCGACAAGAAUCAGCUCACAUACCAGUAAGGAAACAGCCCAAUAUAUCAAGGAGAAAAUACAGGAGAAUUUAUCUCCAGAAAGGACCAUCAACCUGUUCCACUGUCUGACUGAAUUGGGUGACAAUUAUCUAGUAGUGGAAGUACAAGAAUACCUGAAUUCAGGAAGUCUUUCAGCAGAAGAUCUCUCACCUGCUCAAUA